CUUCUUCUACUCUUUCGUGCCAAUAACAUUGCUUUUCCACUUCAAUUAUACAGGCCUUGCCUCUCUCUCUCUCUCUUCUUUCUCUGCUCUCUACAUAUAUUUAUAUACAUUUUGGCUCUGUUCUUUGGAUUAGCACCCUCUUCCUUCAUUUCUUGUUAAUCUUUAGCUGGUUUUUAUUUCUUCUUUUGCCUGUUUUAAUUAAGAAUCAGGACCAUGAAGAACAAAGCAUCAAGUUUCCUAAAGCAGAUAAUAUCUGUGAUAACCACAGUGGCCAAGGCCAAGUCCCUGGCUCUUAAGAGCAAGACAAGUGCCCUAAAGACUCGCCUCCUCGUCUUCUCGCUGCUGAGGAACAAGAAGGUAUUGAUGGCCUCCAUAUCCCACAAGCUGCAUGCUUUGGUGGGGCAGCAGGAGAAGACAGAAGAUGACCAGAGUAAGGCCAUUGUUGUAUACAAUGCCAUGGCCAAUGAGUCCCUCUCCAGUCCUGUUUGCACUGAAUUGGUACAGAUGGAGGACUACUAUGGCUACGACGAAGAAGAGGGUGAUGAAAAGUACCCAGAUCUGACACACUCGCUCUUUGACUCGGGGGAAGAGCAGGAGGUGGGAGGAUCAGUGAUAGAGAUGGUGAAGAAUUCAAAGGAACAAGGAGAGAAUUUCGUAUUAGAAGACGAGAUUGAUCAGGUGGCAGACUUGUUCAUAAAGAGAUUCCAUAAACAGAUGAGGAUCCAGAAGCAACAGUCCUUCAAGAGGUAUCAGGAGAUGCUUGAGAGGAGCGUCUAGGCCUAAACUCUUGCCUCCUCCUGCUCCCUCUCUCCCUCUUCUCUAUUAUGAAGCUAGAAUGGAGGAGGAGGAGGAGAAGGAGGAGGAGGGGGAGAUACUCGUAUACAUACUUAAUGCAUGCCUUCAUUAAUUUACUGCUGCUUCCCUCCCUUGUUUUAAAUGGAGAUCAAAAUAUUUCUAUCUGCUUACUUGUUACUACUAAUAUGUAGCAAUAAAAUAAUAGUUAACGGGACAUAGAAACAGAAGGCUGGAACUGUAGAUUCCCCUUGCUUUUGCUUUUUUAGUUUUUUUCUCCUGCUUUUACCCAGCCCUAUUGUACACUAGUUCAUGUAUGACUGUACCAAGUGUAAGUGAAGAAUCUCAUAACAGAGCCUUAGUGGAAUGUGUUUCUCCAA